GCUGCUCUUACGUGAUCAUGCUACGUGGACCGGAAAUAGCAUUCUUCUGGCUAAAGCUAGCAGCGCUAACAAGUACAGCGACCAAAACAAACGAUGAUGGCCUGCAAAGACACCGAAAACUGUUGGAUUUAACGAUACGAAUGCUAUUAUACUGAUACGUAUUGUGCAAUUUUGACAGUGUUCACAAUUUUAGACGUAGACAUGGCUUAGGCAGUUGUUAUAAACCGGUUGUAAACAUAAGCUUUCUUUUGCUAGCUGAGGAUUUGCCUUUAAUGUUUUUUUCUAGCUAGAUGGCGUUUAGUUUAUGGUUUAAACGCGGACAUUUCCCGGAUCUGUUUAUGGGACCCUGAUGUGCUCUAGCAGAAGGUUAUGAUAUUAUUUCAAAUAUAUUAGCUUAGGCAGAAAGUAUGUUUCAUGAUAAAGGUGCAAACACUCGGAUGAUAGUUUGAUUUUGGACACGUCUGACAAUAGUUAAAAUGAGUUGGUUCAAUGCGUCACAUCUUUCAAGCUUCGCUAAGCAAGCUUUAACAACAGCCCAAAAGUCAAUAGACCGGGUUUUGGAUAUUAAAGAGGAAGAUCAAUGGGGUGAUACAACUGUAAUGCCGUAUAAUGAUGUUACACUGCCUGAGAAGUUGUCAUUAAGUGGGGGCUGGGGAAUGACCCAGUGGGAAGCUCCCCCAGAGGAAAAGACACCUACACCUCCUCCUUCAUCAGAGGCCAUUACUACACCUGUCACCAGAACUGUUGUGGAUGAAUCGGAAAACUUUUUCAGUGCCUUCCUGUCACCUGGAGAUGUACCGAGUCUCACCAAAAGUCAUGUUGUCUCUGUACCUCCUGCUAAGUCACAAACAAGGCUACAAGAGAAAGAAGAGAAAGACUCAGAGAUAGAAAAUGUCACUAAUCUCCAAAAACCUAGAACUACUGACACUGUUAAAGAAAGUGUGGAAUUUCCUGAAAGCCAACCAGCUGAGCCUUCACCGCCAGCUCAGUUUCCUGACACCAUUCUGCUGCAGCCUGUUUCUCCAGUUUCUUUAUGUGCAACUCUUGAACCCUUGAACUCAGAUAAUGAUGAGACCAAAACAAAUGAAGUAGAAGUGGACAGUGGCCUUCCAGAGGUUGCAAAGUCAGAAGAACCUAAAACUCAGGACACAGAAAAUUCAGAAGAACCGUCCCAAACUCCAACUAUUACUGCUGAUUCUACUGACUCUACUCCACCCCCGAAGGAAGCGUCAGUCGAGCAAAAGGACCCAAAGACCGAAGACCGCCAAAAUGACACCCCCUCUCCUCCAGUCAGUGCGUUUUCCUCAGGAACUUCCACCACCAGUGACAUUGAGGUUUUGGACCACGAGAGUGUUCUGAGUGAAAGCUCGGCCAGCUCCAGACAAGAGACUGCUGAAGGGAAGGCUGGGCUUCACUUAAUGCAGGGCUCAUUUCAGCUUCUCACUGCCUCGACUUGUGGAGAUUUCCCUCGUCUGGAAGAUUACACCAAAUUAACAGAAAGCUGCGGUUCUUCUUCAGAUGCUUUUGAGCGAAUUGAUUCUUUCAGUGUGCAGUCCCUGGACAGCCGGAGUGUCAGUGAGGUGAACUCUGACGAUGAAAUUCCAGGCAGUCGGACAUUGGCGUCUGUAACAGCUGCUCCGCUAACUGUUGUGGAAUCAUCUGUUUGUCAAAAAGAGGAGGAUGAAGCAGUGGAGAGCAAGGCACAGAGUGAGGAUGAAGCAGAGGGCUUUGGUGAGACACUGAAGGAGCAGGCUGUGGAUGAGAUGGAGGAAAGUGGCCGCAGUGCCACUCCUGUGAAUAGUGAACAACCUGAAGAUUUGUUGGACCAAGAGUCUGAGGCGAAUUUGACACUUGUUGAGUCUUUUUCCCAAGAAACCCCCAAAUUCAUUCCACCAAUCACAGUUGAGAUGAAGAGUGCAUCUACAUUUGAGAUACUGGAGCUUCAAAAGGUUAUUCAUGAGCUGACUGGUCGUCUUGAGAAGAGAGAGUGUCAGUUGCUGGCUGUCAGUAAAGACAAGGCUCGACUUGAGGAGGAGUGUGACAACCUCCGAGAUGAGGUUAUAACUCUUAAAGAAGAGAGCUCUACGGUCCAGUCCUUAAAGGAUGAGUUCACACAACGCAUAGCAGAUACAGAGAGGAAGGCCCAACUGGCUUGUAAAGAGAGGGACAUAGCCAAGAAGGAGAUAAAGGGCUUGAGAGAAGAGCUUUCUACAAGGUUAAAUUCUGUCAAUACCAUGGAGAUAAUAAAGGAGAAAGAGGAGCAGAUUAGGGGUCUGCUAGAAGAAGGUGAAAAACUAUCCAAACAACAACUGCAGCAUAGCAACAUCAUCAAAAAACUACGUGCCAAAGAAAAAGAGAGUGACUCCAGGAUCAUAAAGCAGGAGAAGAAAAUCAAAGAGCUGGAGGAAGAGCUUAAACUUCUGCAGCAGGUUCUCGAUGGAAAGGAAGAGGUGGAGAAACAGCAUCGGGAAAACAUCAAAAAACUAAAUACAGUAGUUGAAAGGCAGGAGAAGGAGAUGGGUAGACUGGAGGCUAACGAUGAUGAUCUACAAGAGAAAAAUCGAAGCCUACAAUCUGCUCUUGACAACGCUUACAAAGAACUGGCUGAACUUCAUAAGGCAAAUGCCAGCAGAGCAAGUGAGGCUGAAGAAGCAGCUCUGAGCCGGGAAAUUCAAGCUAAAGAACAGCUGAGUCUGGCUCUUGAAAAAGCCCAAGAAGAGGCCAGAGUGCAACAGGAAGCUCUGGCCAGCCAGGUGGCUGACCUCAGACUGACUUUACAAAGAGCAGAGCAACAGCAAGCAAGAAAGGAAGAUUAUUUACGGGAAGAGAUCAGUGAGCUGCAGCAGCGCCUCCAGGAGGCUGAGACCAGGAAUCACGAGCUCAGUCAGAGUGUGACCUCCGCUACCAGACCUUUACUGCGUCAGAUAGAGAACCUACAGGCUUCAUUAGGCGGACAAACUGCAUCCUGGGAAAAACUGGAGAAGAACAUUUCUGAUAGGCUUGUGGAUGCUCAGGCACAGCUGGCUGUUGCUGUUGAAAAAGAGCGUGCAGCCUCAGAAGAACUGUUGUCUAUCAAAUCCCAGCUUGCUUCUCUGGAGUCCCAGAAUUCUUUGCUUCGCCAAGAAAAGGCCAGAGUUCUGGCACAGCUGGAUGCUGAGAAAAGCAAAAGGGAAAAACUAGAGGAUGAAAGUAGCAGGCAUCUUGUGGAGUUGGAAAAUCUGCAAGGAGAGCACACCCGUGUAUUAGAGGAGACAAAAAAAGAAAAGCUGCUGCUGAACAAUCAGCUUGAGAUGGAGAAAAUGAAGGUGGAGCAGGAAAAGAAGAAAUGCUAUUUGGCACAGGAAGCACUCAGAGAAAAGGAACGUAGAGAGCCUCCAGCGUCCUCAACACCAUCCCUGUCCCGCUCUAGCUCUAUCAGUGGGGUGGAUAAUGCUGGGCUGCAUACCUCAGUUCUUUCCCAGGAUGACUCUUUAGACCAUUCUCUUGGAAACAUGUCUUUGUCAGUAUCUAUGAGUGGGACCAAUCUGUACGAAGCUGCCCGGCUGUCUGGGGGCUCCAGCAUUAUAGAGAACCUCCAGUCUCAGCUCAAACUCAGAGAGGGGGAGAUCGCACAACUACAGCUUGAGAUUGCCGGUCUUGAGAGGAGUCGUUCAGUGAUGGCAGAAGAGCUUGUUCGACUCACCAAUCAAAAUGACGACAUGGAGGAAAAAGUGAAGGAGAUCCCCAAGCUCAAAGUUCAACUAAAGGAUUUGGAACAGCGGCACAACACCAUUUUACAGAUGUAUGGAGAAAAGGCAGAGGAAGCAGAAGAGCUAAGGUUGGACCUAGAAGAUGUGAAGAACAUGUACAAAACACAAAUUGAUGAACUUCUACGAAACCAGAAAUAAAUGAGAUACUUCUUGAUUGGUUAAUUUUUCCUAAAUGCCAUUUACAAAUUAAACUGCACACAAAAUGUUUAAUCACUGUAUCAUGUGUAAAAUUAGGUCUGAAGGCUACAAUCUGUACAUUAUUUGAAGUCUAUUGAAUUUAAUGAUGUUCAUAUUUUAAUGAUUUACGUAGGUUUUUUGACAUUUAACUUUAGGAUAUGGUGAUGGAUUUUGCACUAUACAAAUAUUUUAUUGUUAUAACACAGAUGCAAAGAUAGAAAGAAUGAAUAGGUUGCACAGAAGAUUGUUAUUGUUUUGUUCAAUACACUCUUAAUUAAUAUGUGAAAGGAUGUUGUGCAAUCAGAUUUACAAGAUUUAAAUUAAAAUAUGUUCAACUGUAUAGACAAAGAAAUAAACAUUUAUUUGGA